AUGUUUACACCGCUAGACAUCGAGCUCUUUAUGCUCGUCAGCUUUGUGAUAGCUUCUUCAAUUAUCCUUUACUUUAUCUUGAAUCACGGCAAACCCUACGCAAUUUUCUUCUACAAUUGCUUCCUGAAACCCUUUUCUGGAAAGGUCACCUCCGUUAAACAACAGGAUUCUCUCGAGAGUUUUUAUAAAGGGCAAGCUGCAAUCUAUGAUGCGACAAGAGGGCAGCUUCUUAGGGGGCGGGAGGAGAUGUUGGCACUAGCUGCUGCGCAAUUAAAGCUGAGGGUCCAGAAGAAAAAAGAGGCCGAAUCCACGGAAGGGAGAGUUUGGGUUGAUAUUGGAGGUGGUACCGGAUAUAACAUUGAACUUCUCAACAAAUUCCUCCCAGUCCAACAGUUCUUUGAGAAGGUCUAUCUUGUUGAUCUUUCUCCAAGCUUGUGUGAACAAGCUCGCCAACGGUUCAGAAGGCUAGGGUGGAAGAAUGUAGAGGUCUUAUGUAUGGAUGCUCGCGGUUUUGAUCUUGAAGACCGAAAAGUCGAUUGGAUUAGCAUGAGCUACUCGCUUUCCAUGAUCCCCGACUUCUACUCCGUCGUGGAUUCUCUUUCAAUACUACUGUCACCUACAGGACUCAUUAGUGUUGCAGACUUCUAUGUGCAAUCUUCAACAACCUUCUCGGAAAGAACUUUUACAGGAGGCGCCUGGGAUCGUCAUGUCAAUUGGUUCUCGAGACAGUUUUGGAGGAUAUGGUUUGAGUUUGACAGAGUUAAUCUUGACGAGGGAAGACGAGAUUAUAUGGAGUACAAAUUUGGGACUCUUCUCAACGUUAAUGGCCGAAACCGCCUCCUUGGGGGAAUUCCAUACUACGUCUGGAUCGGGUGUCAAAAGCUCCACUCCGCCGCUGAUGUCCUUGAUCGUGUUGAUGCCGCCGCCACAGAAUCGCCAUACCUUGCCGCUAUUAACUCCCUCUCGAGCACUCACUCCUCAAAAACCUCUGCUGAAACCGCUCUCCAACUCCGCUCGAAAGGCUUUGAAGCCGCUGUCCUUAACCUUGCCGCAAACCUGCCAUUACCCAGCUUCUUCUACCAGAUCCACCAUUGGCGACUCUACUAUGACGAACUGUUGGAGAAACACACCCAGUUCAACAACUCUUACAUCUAUGCUUUCACGUGGGAAGACCCACGGGUUGAUCAUCGCAUCCUCAAGAUCAACCGCGACGAUGUGAUCCUCGCCAUCACCUCGGCAGGCGAUAACAUCCUCUCUUAUAUCAUCGACGGUGCACCGAAGCGCGUCCAUGCUGUUGAUCUCAACCCUACACAGAACCACCUACUCGAGCUCAAGCUCGCAGCCUUCAGUUCCUCACUCGACUACAAAGAUCUCUGGAAGCUGUUUGGCGAGGGCCACCACGAGAAAUUCUCAACAAUAUUGAUGGAGAAUCUAAGCCCACAUCUGUCGUCGCGAGCGUUUCAGUAUUGGUGGGAUAAUCGGGCAGUUUUUUCAAAAAGUAUUGGACUGUAUGAGACUGGCCAGUCACGGCUUGCGAUAAAAGCGGCGAGAUGGCUGUUUCGGUGCUGCGGGGUGGCAGGAAGUGUAAAGAGAAUGUGUGAGGCUAGAACCAUGAAUGAGCAGCGAGAGAUUUGGCAGGUUUCUGUGGCGGGCUCUGGGCGUACCACCGAAUCAGAGAGAUAUGAUCAGGGAGGAUCAUGA